CAGUUCUCAAAAACCUAUGGCCCCGUGUUCACUCUGUAUUUUGGCAUGAGGCCCGCAGUGGUGUUGCAUGGAUAUGAAGCAGUGAAGGAAGCCUUGAUUGAUCAGGGAGAGGAGUUUUCUGGAAGAGGCAGUUUCCCAGUGGUUGAAAAAGCUAAUAAGGGACUUGGAAUCAUUUUCAACAACGGAAAGUCAUGGAAAGAGAUUCGGCGCUUCUCUCUCAUGACCCUGCGGAAUUUCGGGAUGGGGAAGAGGAGCAUUGAGGACCGCGUUCAGGAGGAAGCCUGCUCCCUAGUGGAGGAGUUGAGAAAAACCAAGGCCUCACUCUGUGAUCCCACUUUCAUCCUGGGAUGUGCCCCCUGCAAUGUGAUCUGCUCCAUUAUUUUCCAGAAUCGUUUUGAUUAUAAAGAUCAGGAUUUUCUUAACCUGAUGAAAAGAUUAAAUGAAAACACCAGUAUUGCAAGCUCUCCAUGGAUGCAGAUCUGCAAUACUUUUCCUCUGCUCAUUGAUUAUUUCCCAGGGAGUCAUAAAAAAUUACUUAAUAAUAUUGCUUAUUUAAAAAGUUAUACUUUGGAGAAAAUAAGAGAACAUCAAGAAUCCUUGGACACUAACAAUCCUCGGGACUUCAUUGAUUGCUUCCUCAUCAAAAUGGAACAGGAAAACCACAAUAAACAGUCUGAAUUUACUAUUGAAAACUUGGCAAUCACAAUAAGUGACCUGUUUGGAGCUGGGACAGAAACAACAAGCACCACCCUUAGAUACGGACUCCUGCUUUUGAUGAAGUACCCUGAGGUCACAG